GAGACUUUUCGCUCCAUAGCAGAGUUGAUGAUUUGGGGUGAUCAGCAUGACCCCCGAUACUUCGACUACUUUGCGGAGAAUAACCUCCUGCAUCACUUCACCAACUUUUUGGAGCAUGCUGACAACAGGAAGGGGGAUAUUGCGAAGCAAGUGUUGCAGACAUUGUCCAUCCUAAUCCAAAACAUCCGAUCCACGACAGCCAUUUUCUACCUGUUCUCCAAUAAUCUCGUCAACGAGAUCGUGGCCAUGCGCUUUGACUUCGAGGAUGAUGAGGUCCUGGGCUACUUCAUCAAUCUGCUGAAGACCAUUUCCCUCAAGUUCAACGCGUCCACA